AUGAAACAUAAAAAGCAAAUAACAUUACGAUCAGCAAAUCAUUCUAGAUAAUCAUCCAUAUCAUCUCAGGGUUCAGAAAGCUCAAAGAAUAAAUUUAAUGGAUGCUACAUACAAAUAUCGCCCAGAUUUGAUGCCAAUAAUGGUUUGGCUUUCAAAAAUGAACUAAAAGAAGUGAAAAUAACAUCUCCCAAACACGAAGGCAUCUCCACACAUCAGGAAAUUAUACCCCAUCAUAGAAAAUCCGUAUAAUCCAUGAGAGAGGAUCCUUUAAAAAAGAGCUAGUUUAGCAAAGUUGUCCACACAAUCGAUGAAUUAAAGUGA